CUUUCCAGGACUUUCUUCUAUUGGAUUUUGUUAAAGAUAUCGUGAUGUAAUUUCUACCAUUGAUGAGAUUAGCCCGCAGAGAUCAAGCAAACGCCACAGAAGGGCCUGAGCUAAACUAAUUGAGCUGCUCAGUACUGUGCUUUGUGCAAGCAAUAGAACUAUAGAGGUGUAUUAAUUGAGGCAAAAAAAACCUCAACUGUCCUCUCAUCAUUUUGUAAGAAUUUUCAUAGAUUUGACUAUUCUUUUGCUUUUGUAAUAAAUUUGUGAAGUUAUUAAGAGAGUUUUUGGAGAACGUAUGUCAUUAUGGUAUUUUUGCAGUUUCAGGUACGUAAAUACCUUUGCCAGGUGGCGAUGGAAGAUGAGCUGGAGCUUUUCAUCAGGGAGCGCAAGGCCAGAGUGGCCCAAGAUAGAGCCAGUUUGGAGCUGGAUCCUCCUUACAUGGAAAUCCAGACGAAACCUCACAGAAGCUUUGGAUCCCUGCUCAAGGAGAACAUCCCUCCCAAGUUAACUGUGCAGGAGCAAGAGGAAAGCAGCAAUGUGGGUCUGCCCCUCGGUGUGGAAUAUGAAAAGAAGAAAAAGAGGCUUCAGCAUGAGCUUCGUAUGGACUACAGACGAUACAUUGCACAGCAAAAUGGUGUCCUCAGACAGCGCCCCCCUUCACGGAAGAAUGUAGCAACUUGGACGGAAGCCAUUAAGGACUCUCACAGAGCUCUUUCCCCUCCUGAGGGUUCCAGACACCAGGUAAGGCGAGAGUUGCCUGUGGACCAGGAGUCAGAGGAGGAGCAGUACACUAAAGAGAAGCUAAUAGAUGUUGGAAGUAGCAGGCGAAUGGGGUUGGACUCCAGUUACGAGAAGGCACAACACAAAAGGGAUGAUGGCAGGGAGAAGAGGGACGUUCCUACAUAUUUUGUCGGACAAAGCAGGCGAUUAAGAACACUGAACAAAACUGAUGAAGCGGAAUUUUCUACUGGCCUUUUAAUUGGAGAAAUUGAUACAGAUGAAGCCUUACAGAGCAGGAAAGAGCGCUACAGAGAGGAGCUGCAGGAACAGAUCGCUGAGCAACACAGAAACAAAAAGAGGGAGAAAGAUUUGGAGCUAAAAGUUGCUGCAACGGGGGCAAAUGAUCCAGAGAAACAGCCCAACCGAAUCAGGCAGUUUGGACUGGGCAAAAGAAAAGAGUCUCAGCUAUUGGGGCAUCCGAUGUUGGGACAGGGUGAAUCAUCAACAAGCCUACCUAAUCAUAGCAAGACUGAUGUUGGAGGCAGGUGGACGCCUCCACCAGAUCACCCCCAUGUAGCCUUUCAGUCCCCAAUGUUUGACUGCAGCAGUGCUGCCGUAAACCAGAAUGGAAGUGGGCUGGCUCCCAAUAGACAGCCUGUUGCGCUCUCCUUCCCCAGAGCUAUGGACACUUCCAGAAUUCCUUUGCUCCCUCCUCAUCACCCCCACAUAGUCAGUGAAGCCUACAGGGGUCCCUAUCGCGAGCCCCAUUACUACUACGGUAACAGAAACCUGCUUGACCCAAACCUUGCCUACUACGGUCAUUUGCCUUACCCUGCUGUGGGACUUCCACUGUCUUAUUAUAACAUGCCACCAGGAGGCGCUGUGCCUAGUCAGCUUGGUGACACCAGCCCUCAAAGUGGAAGCAGUAUCCCUGAGUCCUCAACACACCCCAAUACUAAGACUGUUACAGCAGCCCCCCAUACUGGGCUUUUCCCUCCAGAGAGGCCAGGAUCAACCAGGGAAAGGACUUUGAGCUAUAGAGAUGACCUGAAAAAACAGAUUCAGGAGGAACAAAUGCGGAAGCGUGUGGAAAGGGAGGAACAGGAGCGUUACGAAGCCAAGCUCGAGGCCGACAUGAAGAGGCAUCAGCCUUGGGGUCGAGGUGGAGGUGGAGCCCCACUCAAAGACAGUACAGGAAAUCUCAUUGGACACCAGAUCUACAUGUUGAAUGAAGAGUCCCCCAGUAACCCAGACCAACAACAGAGAGCCCCAGUUGAACACACUCACCCCAACGACAGGAUCUCUGGCUUCACCCAUGUUCAAACACCCCAGUUUGCUAGGGGCAGUGUGAUUACCAGCCAGCCUACACCGCAGCAACUCAAUGACCAGCACAAGCAUAAAGCUUACCUAAAACAGCAGAUUGAGGAGAAACUGAAUAAAAAGGCAGAGGAGAGGGAACGGAACAGACAGGAGGAUGAAAAGCUAGAGAGGAAGGUGGCAGAGCAGAUGGCUCGCAUCAAGAGGGAGUAUGAAGAAGAACAAGAGAAGAAGAAACAGAAAGCGUUAGAGCAAAAAGCCAAGGAACAGAAACUCCUUAAGCUGGCUGAACAGAGGAAAAUGGAAACGGAAAGAAAGAAGACUGAAGAGAGGGAGAAAGAGAAGAAGCAACGUGAGCAAGAGAAGCAGGCCCAGGUAGAAAUGGUCCACCAUGAGUCGUCCGCUCCGAUUCCUACCUUGCACGGGAAACAGUGUGCCACACAGUACUGCUCCGGGCCGGCCGUUGUUGAGAGUCGUCACUCCACUGCCCCACUGUCUGAGCAAUCUUUGUCUGGGAACCAGUCUCCCCCUGUCCCUGCUUGUAGGAAUCAACUACGAGCUGCAGUCGGCAAACUUGACGUGUACAGUGAACUGUCAGCAUUGCGUCAGCAGCUUCGCGCUGAGCAAAAGCGACUCGAACGUCAUCUGCAGCAGGGGGGUUGUGAUGAAAUAGACUCCCUUAUAACUGGAAGACAAGCACGUCCAAAAGUUGAUGUUUUUGAUAUGGCGAGGCUGCGGCUCCAGGCUCCAGUUCGAAAGCCCCACUCCAGAAACAUGGAACCAAAUUGUGAAUCCAGGCUCAGCUCCAAUGAGAUUGAGAGGAUGGAGAGAAUGGGUGUGGCCAGCAGAAGGAGGCGAGUCUACAAUGAUCCUCAUCAGAAGCUCAGUAGCCGGCGAUCCACACACACAAAUGAUUAUUUUGACAUGUCCCUUCCUCAUCAAAACGAUCUGGGGAGCGUGAUGGGGCGACAUGCAAGAGGAUCUCUCCUGGAGUCGGAUAGCGCUUUUCUUGCCCCUUUGGGAGAUGCUUUUCCUGUGCCAAGCUCCCCGGAGGGUGAGGAGACACCCCAGCUCUCAGCCCGGGCAAGGAGGAGGCUGACCAGACAGUUCCAGCAUUCCCCGGAACGAGACAACCCCACCCACUCACGUAGUAGGAAGCAGAGUGAAGCGGAGUCGAGCAGUGAGGAAAAAAGCCAGGAAAAGUUGUCCCCCAGUCAUCGUGGCAACACAGCGGGAACUGUGGAUCUAUCUGAUGAUGACUUGUUACCUUCCCAAAUUUCUCGCCUCCCUCACAACCUUCAAAGUUCACUAGAAUCCUUCUCAACGGAUUCCUGGAUGCGACCGGGUACUUCAGAAACUCUCAGUUGUUUAGAGGGAUCAGUGAAGAGGGACUGAUUGACAACGUAGGAGUCUGUCCACUCUGUCACUGCACAGACAAAUGUGUCAGUGGGAAUCUUUAUUUCUGAGCAGGAAUUUAGUGUCAGUUUUCAGUGACCUUAGAGGCCAACUUUUUAUUUAAUAAUUUAUUUUACAAUGUAUUGAUACAAUAACAUUUUGAAUAAAUAUUCUUAUGGA